AUUGGGUGUCACAGUAAUUUAAAUAGGGGUCAGGAAGGCAGUUUGCCAGGAUGGUGUGGUAAGACAAGCCAGUUGCUGUAAGCUAUUGGUUCUUGAGUUUACUGUUUCAUUCAACCAGAGCUAUGGCAGAAUCCCAGGGAUUGCUUCUGAGGGUGGUGCUGUGUCUUGUACUGCUUGGUGCACAUGAAGCAAAUGCUUACAGUAUUGAACCUGAGGCCUAUACUGGGAAGACGGGGGAUGCUCAAGACCCAUUUCCUCAUUACUAUAUGUACAGAGGCUCUGAUUAUGGACAGACUUCUCAACCACAUGCUAGUUCUGAUGGAAACUUGGGUUUCUUGAACAGUGAUAGCACAAACAAGCCCCAGAAGCCUAGCUACCAGCCCCAGAAGCCUAGCUACCAGCCCCAGAAGCCUAGCUACCAGCCCCAGAAGCCUAGCUACCAGACCCAGGUGCCCCAGCAGCCUAGCUACCAGCCGCAGAAGCCUAGCUAUCAGCCUCAGGUGCCCCAGAAGCCUAGCUACCAGCCCCAGAAGCCUAGCUAUCAGCCUCAGGUGCCCCAGCAGCCUAGCUACCAGCCCCAGAAGCCUCAGGUGCCCCAGCAGCCUAGCUACCAGCCACAGAAGCCUCAGGUGCCCCAGCAGCCUAGCUACCAGCCACAGAAGCCUCAGGUGCCCCAGCAGCCUAGCUACCAGCCCCAGCAGCCUAGCUACCAGCCCCAGAAGCCUCAGGUGCCCCAGAAGCUUAGCUACCAGCCUCAGGUCCCCCAGCAGCCUAGCUACCAGCCCCAGAAGCCUCAGGUGCCCCAGAAGCCUAGCUACCAGCCCCAGAAGCCUAGCUACCAGCCUCAGGUCCCCCAGCAGCCUAGCUACCAGCCCCAGAAGCCCCAGGUGCCCCAGAAGCCUAGCUACCAGCCCCAGCAGCCUAGCUACCAGCCCCAGAAGCCUCAGGUCCCCAGCAGCCUAGCUACCAGCCCCAGAAGCCUCAGGUCCCCCAGCAGCCUAGCUACCAGCCCCAGAAGCCUCAGGUGCCCCAGAAGCCUCAGGUGCCCCAGCAGCCUAGCUACCAGCCCCAGAAGCCCCAGGUCCCCCAGCAGCCUAGCUACCAGCCCCAGAAGCCUCAGGUGCCCCAGAAGCCUAGCUACCAGCCCCAGAUGCCUCAGGUGCCCCAGAAGCCUCAGGUGCCCCAGAAGCCUAGCUACCAGCCCCAGAAGCCUAGCUACCAGCCCCAGAAGCCCCAGGUGCCCCAGAAGCCUAGCUACCAGCCCCAGAAGCCCCAGGUGCCCCAGAAGCCUAGCUACCAGCCUCAGGUGCCCCAGCAGCCUAGCUACCAGCCCCAGAAGCCCCAGGUGCCCCAGAAGCCUAGCUACCAGCCUCAGGUGCCCCAGAAGCCUGGCUACCAGCCCCAGAAGCCUAGCUACCAGCCUCAGGUGCCCCAGCAGCCUAGCUACCAGCCCCAGAAGCCUCAGGUGCCCCAGAAGCCUAGCUACCAGCCCCAGAAGCCUAGCUACCAGCCCCAGAAGCCUAGCUACCAGCCCCAGCAGCCUAGCUACCAGCCCCAGCAGCCUAGCUACCAGCCCCAGAAGCCUCAGGUGCCCCAGCAGCCUAGCUACCAGCCCCAGAAGCCCCAGGUGCCCAAGCAGCCUAGCUACCGGCCCAAGCAGCCUAGCUACAACUAUGGUUCUCAUCUGCCUUCUCCUAAGAGGCAAGGUGUGGUCGGCCGUGCAUUCUCAGAUGGGUUUAGGAUGGGUGAGGAAGCUGCCAAUGGUUACUACCAGGGUUGGGGUGCCUAAGGCCACCGCCACACUGACCUUGUGAUACCCAUAGAAUCGUACACUGACCUUGGGUGAUGCCUGGAAGACUCCAUGGAACUGAUCAACCUUUUUGAAGGUGUAAAAUAAAAUUAUUUUAAUCUUAAA